AUGUCAUCAAAGAACAGCAUUUCCGCUGAUGCUAUCACAGUUCUAUUCCAUUCUGCUACAGCACAUGAAACACGGGUUCAUCAGAGCUGUGAUGUUAUUGAGGAACUAACAAGAGUCUGUGGUGUUGCUCUCCGGAAUAACAGCACAGAAAACUGUGUUGGAGAAGGAACAACAGAAACUACAAAUUCUCCCAUGCCCACAAGCACAUCACCUCUAUCUGCACUCUCCACUCCACACUCACCUACAGGCAAAAAUGAAGAAACACAGGGCCACAUUCUCAAAUGCAGGCACCUAUUGCUAAUUGUAUCCAUAGAAUUUGUGCGUGCACGACAGGGAAUGAGCCGAAAUCUAAUGGAACUGUCUAAAGAAUAUGAAUCAACUGAGAAUCCUAGGGAAGAUUUUAUAUCCUCUGAGAGUGCUGUGUGGUGGUUAGAUCAGGGGACUGAGAUCAUUAUUCAGGCAAAACUCUUCCUGCAAGUCAAUGAGAGUUUUGCCAAAGCAAGAGCUGCAGGAACUGGCCCAGUAAACAGUGACACUGAUAAAACAAACAAUGCUUCCAAUCUGUCACGCUUGCACACCACCUCACCAUCCGUGAACCAUACUCCAACCAGCACUCAAGCAAACAUUUCUCAGCCUUCCUCAAACACCAUUUUGACUACUCCCACUCUCACAACAGUAACUACUACAGUGACAACUCCAAUAUCUUGUGAAAAAAUUGAUAUUAAUGUGAAAUAUACCUACAGUGGUAGCACAGUCACUGCAAAGUUGAACAUUCCUGGAAAAAAUAGAACAUACAAUAUUUUCUGCAACUCCACUUGUAAGGUGAAAAACCAAACUAUUGAAGGACUUAAGGAAUGUCUGCCAUAUAACAUUACAGUUGGAUAUAAUGAAUGCCCCAAAAUAUCAUCACAUGUAAUUCAUAUCCCACCUGGGAUCUCUUAUCAAAUACCUUAUCUGCUAGGCCCCAAGGAUGAGACCACUGAUGAUUUCUGGAGAAUGAUCUGGGAACACAAGGCAACAAUUAUUGUUAUGGUGACUCGCUGUGAAGAAAAUAAUAGGAACAAAUGUGCCCAAUACUGGCCAACAACGGAGAAUAGCACUGAAACUUUUGGGGACAUUGUUGUGAAGAGCAAUGAAAGUAAAAUGUGUCCUGACUACAUUAUUCAGAAACUCCAUAUUACAAAUAGAAAGGAGAAGACACCUGGGAGAGAUGUGACUCACAUUCAGUUCACUAGCUGGCCAGAUCAUGGAGUGCCUGAAGAUCCUCAUCUUCUCCUCAAAUUACGCCGCAGAGUUAAUGCCCUAAGCAACUUUUUUAGUGGCCCAGUAGUGAUUCAUUGCAGUGCUGGUGUUGGACGAACUGGAACCUAUAUUGCGAUCGACGCUAUGCUGGAGGGGCUAGAGGUAGAAGGCAGAGUGGAUGUUUAUGGCUAUGUUGUAAAGCUCCGUCGACAGCGAUGCCUCAUGGUUCAAGUAGAGGCACAGUACAUCCUGAUCCAUCAAGCACUGGUGGAAUACAAUCAGUUUGGUGAAACAGAGGUCACGCUCUCUGAACUGCACACCUAUCUUAAUAAUCUGAAGAAAAGAGAUCCUCCCAGUGACCCCUCUCUGCUGGAAGCCGAAUUCCAGAGGCUACCAUCCUACAGGGGAUGGCGGACACAGAACACUGGCAAUCGACAGGAAAAUAAAAGUAAAAACCGGAAUUCCAAAAUGAUUCCAUAUGACUUUAACAGAGUACCAAUUAAACAUGAAGAGGAGAAAAGCAAAGAGAGUGAACAUGAUUCAGAGGAAUCAUCUGAUGAGGACAGUGAUUGUGAGGAAGCAACCAGAUACAUAAAUGCAUCAUUUAUAACUGGCUACUGGGGUCCAAAAGAAAUGAUUGCAACCCAAGGGCCACUCCCAGAAACGAUCAAUGACUUCUGGCAAAUGAUCUUUCAGAGAAAAGUCAAAGUAAUUGUUAUGUUGACAGAGCUGAAAGAAGGAGAUCAGCAACUCUGUGCACAAUAUUGGGGAGAAGGAAAACAAACAUAUGAAGGCAUAGAAGUUGAAAUGAAAGAUGUCAACCUGUCUUCUAGUUACACCAUACGCGCAUUUGAUGUAACACAUGUGAAGAGGAAAGAAACUCGAAAUGUGUAUUUGUACCAGUACCACAAGUGGAAUGGCUUGGACCUUCCUGAAAACCCCAAAGACUUAGUCAACAUGAUUCUGAACCUCAAACAAAAACUUGCAGCUAAAAGUGUCACUGAGGACAGCAGAUACAGCCGGAGCGUUCCAAUUGUCAUUCACUGCCGUGAUGGAUCUGAACAAACUGGUGUGUUUUGCGCCUUGUUGACUCUCUUGGAAAGUGCAGAAACAGAAGAUGUGAUUGAUGUCUUCCAAGUAGUGAAAUCUCUUCGACGUGCCAGGCCAGGAAUGGUCCCCACUUUUGAACAAUACCAGUUCCUGUAUGAUACUAUUAGCAGCAUCUACCCUGCACAGAAUGGACAAGUAAAGAAAAACAGCAAGCAGGAAGAUACAGUUGAAAUUGACAUUGAAGUAGAUAAAACAGAUCAGGAAGCUAAUUUGAUUACUAUCGAUAUCACCUCACUGGAGUCAGAGGCCAAUCUGAAUAUGGAAGUGCGUGAAGAUUCCAAAUCUGCAGAUGGCACUCAGGGAACAGAAGGCUCUUCAAAUGGACCCAAGACUCCAGUUUUAACUGAGAGUGCAUAGAAAAAUAUAUGAAAUUUGGAUGUACAA